AUUACUUGUUUUUUUCUCUCUCUCUCUCUCUUUCUCUCUCUCUCUUUUUCCAAUUUCAUGGAUUGUUCUAAUUAUUUAUUCUCCUCAACCUUUAUAAUCAUUUUAAUCCAUUCCCAUAAUCCACCAUAAUGUCCAGUGAUUUUACUUAAUUGUCAUCAAAAUCUUUCACUCAUCACUUUCAUCAUCUUCAUCUUAUCAUCAUCAUCAUUAUCAUCCUUUGGUUUUUCUAAUCAACUCAAUCAUUACUCACUCUUACUCAUUUGGUUUCGCUUUCAUUUCUUCUCUUCUUUUUAUUUCCCCCUAUUUAUUAACAAUUAAUUAUCCAAAUUUAAUGGUUAACCCACUGAUCCUCCGAUAAUCAACAUCGAUCCCACAAUUCAACCAACUUUACAUCAUCUUCAUUAAGCCUAUUUUUCUGUCGAUUACUUCCUUUUGUUUAAUAUUACCUCAACUUCCUCUCUGUGUCCUUUUUUCCUUGUGGUAUUUUCUGCCUUUUCUUUUCCCUACCUCUUCGUGUUUUCUUUGUCUUCCACACCCCAAAUAACCACCACCACCACCGCCAUCACCAUCGCCAUUGCCAGAAAAUGUUACUUCCAAUAAUUGAUUCCUUCAUAAAGGAAGUUAAUAACCUUGCUGGUGACCCAAACUCACCGUCAUUUGAUGAAGAGCUAAGCUCUUGUCUAGUUAUAAUGGCAAACGAAACUAAUCCAGUUAAUUUGGGUUGCAAGUUUUUCAUGCUCAACAUUUCCUUAACCAUUUUACGUAAAAUAUUAACUUAUUUAACCAUUUUGAAAUUACGUUCUGAUUCACUGUUAUCACAUGAUGGUGAACCGAUUAACCAAACGGUUUUAACGCUUGCAUUGAAAGGAAUAGUUUAUGCCAUUGGAAGGGAAGAAGAGCCAAUUGAUGAAAAUUGGAGAACAACUUAUCGUGAAAAUCUAAAUCAACCAAUGGCCAUGGAAAUUUCUUCAGGAGAUGAGAAUCAUAGAAUGGAACACAUUAGACCGAAUGAUUCAAGCCUUCCAAUAAAACUUACCACUCCCUCUUCAACAAUUGUACCAACAUCGGGACGUUCUGUUCGCCAAUCAACUUCCGCUCGAUCAAGUAAAAAUUCAACCGAAUCACCACCGAAAACAAUGACAGGACCAAAACCGGGAACAUCUAAGCAAUCAACUUAUAGACAAAGUUCAAACCGAUCAGAAAGUGGUGCCAGUGAUGAAUCAACCCCAGGUAAACAAUCAGCUAGAGGAUUAUUUACCCCAACUAGGGGAACUGGUUAUCAUCAUCUCACUACAGGACGAAGAGGUCGAACCUCAUCAAUUUCAUCUACUUCUUCAGUAUCACCAUUGUCAAUACUCGCACCGUCUCCAACACCCGAAUCCCGUCCUCCUGAGACUUCACAAAGAUCCUCUCCUUCAUCAUCAUCGUCAACAAAUUUACCCAUUAGACUUCCGGUUAUCCAAAAGCAUGAGCCCAUGGUGGUAAAUCCUGAACCCUCCACAAGUCAUAUUGCAACAUCAUUCUCACCAUUGUCUACUCAUUCAUCUAUCUCAGCAUUAGCAUCAUCCUCAACAUCAACAUCCGCACCUCCACCUGCACCUUCCGUGCCCACAUUUGGAUUAAUCGUAUCCUUUGGAGGAAGUGUUUCCAUGCCGAUUUAUGAUGAAUUAAUUCAAGUUUUAGAUCCAUAUAGAGAUAGAAUUGAUACAUCACCGAUUUGUGCCGAUCACGUUUUCAUUAAAUUAAAAUGUAAAAAGGAUAUUUACUUCUUGAAACGCCAAAUUGAAAUACUAACACGAAUCAUGCCUCGAAUAGUUGUAACCAAAUUUUCCCGAUUUGCACUUGAUGUUCCAAAACAAUUAGCACCCACAAUCAAAGAGUUUGUUAAUCUUAAUGUAACUAUAUUGAUAAGUGAAUAUUAUGUUUACUCUCGACCAUCAAUAACUGAUGAAAAUUUAACAACAAUUGAGAUUCUUGCCAAUGCUGAAUGUCAACAAUCAAUUGAAAAUUCAUCUCGUUUACUUAAAAUUGGUGAACAAACUGGACGAGCCAUUCCAAUAAGAUGUUAUCAAGAAUGUUCAAGAUGCUUUUUCUGUUACGAUGAUGCUCACACCGAAUGCUCACAAAUGUCUCUCAUGGAAAUGGAAGGAUUCAUUUGAAAGAAACAAAAGAUUAAUUUUCUCAAAAGCAGGUUGAAAGUUCCUAAAAACACUUCGCACUCAACAAACACAAACAUAAUCACCAUAUUCCCAAGCAAUUGGAUUUUCACGGAAUAAUUUCCAUUCUAAAACUCUUUCUAAAUCUUUUUUCCACUUGAUGGUUAAAUUUUCCUCCCACAACUACUACAAUUACCACCGCCACAAUUAAUCUACCACCACCAAUACCACAUUUGCUGAUGAAUAUAUUUUCCUUACACUGAAACACAAAGUUGAUCAUCUUGAUCGUUAAAUGUUUCCAAAUAAUUUAUUUUGACAAAAUUGGUCUUUUAGUUACUCAGUUAA